AUGGUAAACGAAACAUCGUCAGCGCAGGGCCUGUUGUCGAUGUCAACGGUGACGACUAUAGUCGGGAGACUCGAGCCGAUACGUUCCAGUAAUUUAAGUGGCAUGCAGCUGUAUACGACCACAACGACCACGGUCGGCGGCAUAAUCUCAUCGAUAGAGAAUGGUUCGUCGUCGCUGGGCAGAGGGGUGAUGGUAGUGGCGAUCCACUGGUCCGGAAGGGGAGGCCGACCUGGCGGAAGUGGCGUCGACGACGAAGUACCGUACGGGUUCUUGAGGACUCUGCAGGCUCGCUACGAGCAGCCCGUGUACGCGGUCGAUCUGGACCGUCUGCUGUCCGACGGCCGUCCGCGUGACACUGACGGCGAAGACGGCGCACUCCCCGAACCCUGCCGACGUCCCGUCGACCGCGGUCUAGGAUCACUGUUACCGCUGCGGUCACGGUACGUGGUCCUGUUCCGCAGUAUCGCGCCGCCGGCCUGGGACCCGGACCCGUUCGUCGAACUGGCCCAACUCAACUACACGUUCUGGGACGUGGACGUGUACUACCUGAUCGUUGUCGACAACGGUUUCGACCCUGCCGUCCGACAGAUGGUGUACGGCUUAUGGCGCGACCUCUCCAUUUACAAGUAG